AAUUAAUUUGAAUUUUGAAAUCUUGAGGGCAGCACGGACUCCGAUCUCCAUAUUUUUAUUUGUUGGUUGGGUUGAUAUAUUGAUAGUUAGCAAAAUUAGCUUUUAUUAGUAAAAUUUAAAAUAAGUGAAAGAGUAUUUACUGUUUGUAAUAAUAAACAUUUAAUAAAUAAUAAUAAUGUCCACGGCUGCAAGACCAACGUUUGAUGGAGCACGAGGUGGACAAGGACGUGGUGAAAAAGAUUUAAGUGCUAUUUCAAAGCAAUAUAGUAGUCGUGAUUUACCUUCACACACUAAAUUAAAAUACAGAGAACAUGGACAAGGGACAGUUGACGAAUUACGUAAUCGUGAUUUUCGUCGUGAAUUGGAAGAACGUGAACGCGAAAAAGAUAAGUCAUCAGCGAGUAAUCGUCGUAUGAUUGAACCAGCACGCGAAGCUGCACCAUCUUCGAAACGUCAAAAAGUUGACCAAGCACCGGCAGCUAGUCUAGAUGCUGAUGAUCCAUUAGAUGAGGAUGAAUCUGACUCCGACAGUGAUGAAGAUGACACUGCAACUCUGCUCGCAGAGUUACAACGAAUUAAAAAAGAACGCGCCGCUGAUCAAGCAAAGAAAGAAAUGGAAAAACGUCAAGAAGAAGAGAGAAUACGAAUGGAAAAUAUUUUAUCGGGAAAUCCUCUUUUGAAUUAUUCGUCUCAAGUCACAAGGACAGAUAUGAAAGUUCGUAGGCGCUGGGACGACGAUGUUGUUUUUAAGAAUUGCGCACGUUCCGAGCCAAAAAAGAAACACGAUGUCUUCAUAAACGAUUCGCUGCGCAGUGAAUUUCAUAAAAAAUUCAUGGAAAAAUAUGUUAAAUAAUUAAAUUUAUCAAUACUAUUAUUUAUUAAUCCUAAUUUAUGUAUAAGAUAAAAUAAGUCGUCAAUAAUAUUCAUACAAUUAUAUUCUAUAUCUUACAUUUUUUUAAAAUCUUAUUAUGUUUCACAAUUAGCUAAUGUUUCUGUAUCUAAAACAAUCUUUACGCGGUUGUAGAGAUAUAGAUGACAGAUAAGAGUUUUCAUACUACCUGUUGAUUUUUGCUGCUGAGAUUAAGUGGUUUCUAUUCAUCAAUUAUGCUAAUAAAAAUAUUCAUCGUCAAACGGCA